AUGAGUUUAUCAUGCGAACAGCAACGUAUCAAUGGCAAAUAUUACCUAUGUAUGCCAGAUAAUUUUCAAUAUCCAAGAAAUCUACUUCAUCGAGUUUGUAAAAAUCUAGUUGUAUUGGAAGAUAUUUUUACAAGAAAUCUAACAGCAUAUGGAACUAUACGAGUUAAUAAUUGUUCAUUUGAUAAACGAGUUUUUGUACAUUAUACUAUUGAUCAAUGGAAGACUUUUUCUGUGUUAAAUGCACAUUAUAUAAUGCACUAUGCCGAUAAUAAUACAGAUUUAUUUCAAUUUAAAUUAACUGUACCAAAAGAUAAAUUAUUAUCAUCAUCGUCAUUAAAGAUGUCUUUUGCAAUUUGUUAUUGUGUUAAUGGAGGAAAAUUUUGGGAUAAUAAUUAUUCUCAGAAUUAUAAUCUUGAAAUAAUAGAAAGUUCACGAGAAGUACCGACCUCCAUAUUAAAUCAAUUAUCAAGAAAAAAAUCUAUUAUACGUGAUGAUCAACUUUAUAAGCAGAUUACGCAAGACUAUCAUGCAAUUUCUAAUACAACUCAACAAAUAGAAAAUUUAUGUGGAUUGAAAAACCUUGGUGGAACAUGCUAUAUGAAUUCAAUUUUACAAUCUUUAUCGUUAACUUCAUUAUUAACAAAUUAUUUUUUAUACAAUCAAGAUUCAUUAGUUUUCAAAGGAAUAAUUAUUAAUGAAUAUUUGAAUUUCUUAUAUUUAAUACGUUGUGGUCAAUAUAGUAUUAUCACACCAGCACCUUUGAAACAAAUAAUUGGUCAUAUAAAUUAUGCUUAUUUGGAAAAUCAACAGCAAGAUGCACAUGAAUUUCUUAUACUUUUACUUGAUUAUUUACAUAUAGAUUUGAAUAGAACACAAUGUAUAGAUGAAGAAAUUGAUUAUAAUUUAUUUGGUCAAAUAAAUAAGAAUUCAAUUAUUGUUGAUUUAUUCUAUGGCAUUUAUAAAUCAACAAUUACAUGUCUACAAUGUAUGCAUACUUCUUCUAGUUAUGAAUCAUUUGUUUGUCUUACUCUUCCUAUUCCAUCAACGAAUCAAUGUACAUUACAAGAUUGUCUUCAAUCACUUAAUGAAGAUGAAUAUUUAACCGAUGAUGAUUCCAAAUGGUUUUGUUCUAAAUGUCAGUGUCAUUCUAAUGCAAAGAAACGUUUAGAAAUUCAUAAACUACCAAAAAUUUUAAUAAUUCAAUUUAAACGAUUUCAAAUGAAUUCCGAAAUGCGAUGGAUUAAAGAUGAAAGUUUAGUACUAUAUCCUGAGGAUAAUCUUGAUUUACAUCAAUAUUCUUCUUCACCAUCUUCUGAACAAGCAUUAUAUACACUUUAUUCAGUUGUGAAUCAUAAUGGUUCAUUAAAUGAUGGACAUUAUACAACAUUUUCUCGAGAUCUUUCCUACGAUCAACCACAAUGGUUUGAAUACGACGAUGAAAUAGCAAAAUAUCUUGAUUUAGAUCGAUUACAUUUAAAUCCAAAAGCUUACCUUUUAUUUUAUACUAUACAACAUGUACCAGAAUAA